UGAUCCUCUAUUCAUCAUACUCCCUAAUGGAUUCUUAUUUUCCCCUUAGCAAUCUUGUUGCUGCUGCAAUAUGCUUUUUGGCGCUUUUGAGUACAGCUUUUUUCUACAGAAAAUCAAGAUCCUAUCAAGAAAACAAAACAAUGGCUUCUUCUUCUUUAACUCUUUCGCCUCGAAAUUGGAUACAUCAUGUCUUCCCAAGCUUCCACGGGGCAGAUGUCCGCAACAAAUUUCUCAGCCACGUUGUCAAGGAGCUCAGGAGCAAAGGAAUCGACCUAUUCAUUGACAACGAUAUAGAGAGAAGCAAGUCAAUCGGUCCUGAGCUCAUAGAAGCUAUUAAAGGAUCGAGGAUUGCUAUUGUCUUGCUCUCUAAGAACUAUGCUUCUUCGACAUGGUGCUUGAACGAGCUGGCUGAGAUCAUCAAGUGCAGAGAACGGUUUGGUCAAACAGUGAUGCCCCUUUUCUAUGAACUGGAUCCAACUGAUGUAAAGAAGCAGACUGGUGACUUUGGGAAGGUCUUCAAAAAAACUUGUAAAGGAAAAACAAAGGAGGAGAUCAGAAGAUGGCAACAUGCUUUGACAGAAGUAGCCCAAAUCGCAGGUUACCAUUCAACAAACAGCUAGAUUCCGAUGAGGUGAGAAUAAUAGGGAUUUGGGGUCCGCCUGGGAUUGGUAAGACCACCAUUGCUAGAUCUCUAUUCAACGAACACUCCCGAGAUUUUCAAGUGAGUGUCUUUGU